AGCUUCUCAUUACCACCUCUCCUUACACUUUGAUCCCUCUCUUCUUUCUUUCUUGCUUUCUCCUUUUCCUUUCUCUCUUCUUUGUUCAACUCAACUCAACCACAAACAAAGCAUACUCACACACAAACUCUAUCUCUCUCUAACUUGUUGAAGUGAUUCUCUCCACUAUUCUCAUCAACCUUUACAAAAGAGAAAGCUCCAAGAGGAAUAACUAUGGUUUAUACUUCUCUUCCACCUUAUAUGGAUCCAGCCAACUGGAAUCAACAGCAACCAAAUCAUCAAGGGGCAAACACUAUUGUCAACACUCCUCUUUUUACUACACCAUCACAGCCUCCACCAUCGAAUCUGACACCAUCACAGCCUCAUGGAGGCUCGAUCAGGCCAGGUUCGAUGGCAGAUAGGGCUAGGAUGGCCAACAUACCUAUGCAAGAACCAUCACAAAAAUGUCCAAGGUGUGAUUCCUCCAACACAAAGUUUUGCUACUUCAACAACUACAGCCUCUCACAGCCCCGCCACUUCUGCAAGACAUGUAGAAGGUACUGGACAAGGGGCGGCGCUCUAAGAAGCGUCCCAGUUGGAGGUGGUUGCCGAAGGAAUAAGAGAACUAAAUCAAGCAGCAACAACACCUCAAAGUCUCCAGUUAGCUCGGAUCGCCAAACUAGCUCUGCAAACAACUCUCCCGCGGUACUUAGUUCCCCGACUCCUCCACCGAUGAGAUUCAUGGCUCCUUUGCAUCAACUCGGCGAUCACCUCAGUGAAAUAGGGUUAAACUAUGGUUUUUCUGGUCCAAUGGGAGGAGUAGGAGACUUGAAUUUCCAUAUUGGAAGCUCUUUAGGUGGAACCGUUGGUAGCAACAGUGUUAGUGGUGGUGGUGGUGGUGUUUCUGCUUCGAUUAUACCCGUUGGUGGGUUCGAGCAAUGGAGGACGCCACAACAAACUCAACAAUUUCCAUUCUUAACAAGCUUAGAAGCUUCUUCUUCACAUGGAUUGUUGUAUCCAUUUGAAGGUGGUGGUGGUGGUGGCAAUAAUCAAGCACAUAUAUAUGGUGGUGUCUCUAAGGUAUUAUCAACUAAUUCUAGUGUGAAAAUGGAAGAAAAUCAAUCUAGACAAUUCUUGGGAAUGAUCAAUAAUAACAACAACAACAACAACAAUAAUAACCCUAAUAGUGAACAAUAUUGGAGUGCUUCUAAUGGUAAUGGUGGUGCUACUUCAGCUUGGACAGAUCUUGCAGCUUUUAACUCUUCUUCAACAACCACCAAUUCCGACUAUAGAACUUAAUUAAAAUUUAUGCUAUCUCUUUUGAAAUCUAUGGUUUUUUUUCUUUUUCAUUAACCUCUCCAAGACAAAGUUUUAUCUCCAUAUAUGGUUUAGUACUUUGAUUUCUUUUUAAGAUAGAAUGAAAACCCUAGAGAUGUUAAUUCAUUAGAUUCUUAUGUUUUAAUCUUUUCAUUUUCUUCUUCCUUUUUUGUUUCAAACAAUUUCUCUUAAAUUUUCCUCUAAUUAAAAUAUUUAGGUAUGGUUUGUAUGAGAAUGGUUACUAUAAGGAAUAUUGAUAUAUUAUGAGCUCAAAAGAUUGAAUAUUAUUGUAGUAGAUGAAAAAUGG